AUGUCCACCUCUGAAAACGUGUCCUCUGCUCCUGGAGCCGACACCAUCUCACUCAACACAAACACCCUUCUUCACAUCAAUCUCUCUAGUGUCUCUAAGCUAACCUCCACCAACUACCUCAUGUGGAGUUUACAAGUCCAUGCUCUCCUCGAUGGCUAUGCUCUCUCGGUUCAUCUUGACGAGUCCUCCCCUGUCCCUACUAUGACUGUCGUUGCUAACGAUGUCACCACUGUCAACCCGUUGUACACUGCCUGGAAUCGCCAAGACAGACUGAUCUACGGCGCUCUCUUGGGUGCAAUCUCCACGGCGCUUCAGCCACUUGUGUCUCGAGCCAAAUCUGCGGCUGAGAUCUGGACCACCUUGGCAUCCACUUACGCCAAACCAAGUCGUGGGCAUAUUCGCCAAGUCAAGACCCAACUCAAGAAUUGGACCAAAGGGAACAAGACGAUUGAUGAUUACCUUCAAGGUCUCACCACUCGUUUUGACCAGCUAGCCAUCCUUGGCAAACCCAUGGAGCACGAAGAUCAAGUUGAACUUGUCCUCGAGGGACUCCCCGAUGAGUACAAGUCUGUCAUUGACCAAAUUGAAGGCAAGGAUACGGCCCCAACGCUCACGGAGAUUCACGAACGUCUCUUAAACCAUGAGGGUAAACUCUUGUCUGCCUCCUCCACCACCAUCUCGCCUCAUUUUCCCAUUACUGCCAACAAUGCUCAUCAGCGCAACUCUGGCAACAACAACUACAACCGCAACUCCAACAACAACAAUCGCAACUACAACAACCGCAACAACACCAAUGAUUCCAACAGGUCUGACUCUCGUACUCCUAGACCUUAUUUGGGAAAAUGCCAGUUGUGUAAUGCCCAGGGACAUAGUGCACGACGCUGUCCACGUCUUUCGCCAUCUCUAGGGCUUCUCAACCCGCCUCCCAACACCGCUGUCCGUCCAUGGCAGCCGCGUGCCAACCUUGCUCUUGGAUCUCCUUAUGAUCCGAACCAGUGGCUCCUUGACAGUGGGGCGACCCACCAUAUGACAUCUGACCUCCAAAACCUCUCGCUUCACCAGCCAUAUUAUGGUAGUGAUGAUGUGAUUGUUGCAGACGGCUCAACUCUGCCUAUUACUCACACGGGUUCAACCACUCUUCCCUCAUCUAUUCGUGACUUAAAAUUGCAUAAAAUCCUUUGUGUUCCUGACAUUCAUCGCAAUCUCAUCUCUGUUUACCGAUUAUGCAAUACUAAUCAAGUCUCUGUGGAAUUCUUCCCUGCUUCGUUUCAGGUGAAGGAUCUCAGCACGGGGGUUCCGUUACUCCAAGGCAAAACUAAGAAUGAGCUUUACGAAUGGCCGGUUUCACAGUCUCAAGCUGCGGCCUUCUCUACUGCAACCAAUUCACGAGCCUCUGCGUCCCUGUGGCACUAUCGACUUGGUCACCCGUCUUCUUCAAUUUUAGACAAUGUUAUUUCUACUUUUUCCCUUCCUGUCUCUGCUUCCUCACAAAAACUUUUGUCCUGUUCCAAUUGCCUUAUUAAUAAGAGCCACAAACUUCCAUUUUCUGAAAACACCAUUGUCUCUACUCAUCCCCUUCACUAUCUAUAUUCCGAUGUUUGGACCUCACCAAUCCUCUCCAUUGAUAACUACAAAUACUACCUAGUCAUUGUUGACCAUUACACUCGCUAUACUUGGCUCUACCCCCUAAAACAAAAAUCCGAUGUGAAACAAACAUUUGUUACCUUCAAAGCAUUGGUCGAGAACAAGUUCCAUCAGCGGAUUGGCACUCUUUUCUCUGACAAUGGAGGUGAGUUCAUUGCACUUCGUGAUUUCCUUGCUACUCAUGGCAUCACUCACCUCACCUCCCCGCCACACACACCUGAACAUAAUGGUGUCUCUGAACGGAAGCACCGCCAUGUGGUGGAAACCGGUCUCACUCUCCUCUCCACUGCCGCCGUCCCACUUGAGUAUUGGCCCUUUGCCUUUGCCACCGCAGUCUACCUCAUCAACCGGCUUCCUACACCGGUGCUCUCUCACCAGUCACCGUUCUUCAAAUUGUUCCAAGUUGCGCCCAAUUAUGACAAGCUGAAAGCCUUCGGUUGUCUCUGUUUUCCAUGGCUCAAACCUUAUACUCACCACAAACUUGAAAAUCGUUCGCAGCCGUGUAUCUUCCUCGGCUAUUCUCUCACUCAGAGUGCCUACUACUGCUUACACGUACCUACUGGAAGGAUCUAUACAUCCAGGCAUGUUCGAUUUGAUGAAGCCCGCUUCCCAUUCCCUAAAAUGGUAUCCUUAAAUUUUCGCGCAAAUGACCUUCACUCUCCACAACCGUCGUCGCCGCUCGCUCCGUCGCCACACCCACAGGUAUCGUCUCCCUGUGUCUCAUCCUCUUCUCCUCCCUCUCACAACUCUGAGCCCACUGCUCCAUCUCAAAAUGGGCCCAACACCCAGGCCCAGAACAACCUUUCCCCACCUGAGCCCACUGCUCUCUCACAGAAUGAGUCGUCACCGACGAUUCAGCCGCCUUCCUCUGAACACACCUCCACCGCUCCCUCUUCACCGGAUUCCACAUCCGUCAAUUCCCAAAUCACCCAGCCACAUGAACCAGAAAUCCAUGUCCCUGAUGAACCACCUCAAAAUCUUCACCAAAUGCAAACUCGAUCCAAAAAUAACAUCUCCAAGCCCAAACAAAAAUUCAAUCUUCUUGUUGCUGCAGGUCCUAAUCGCUCGUCUGAACCACGAACGAUUGCCCAAGCUAUGAAGGAUGCUCGUUGGAGAGCCUCAGCCUCCGAUGAGUACAAUGCUCAGAUGCGGAAUCAUUCAUGGGAUCUCGUCCCACCUCAUCCGUCUCAGAAUGUUAUUGGGAAUCGCUGGGUCUUUAAGACGAAAUUUCUUCCCACUGGCGUUUUGAACAAAUACAAAUCCCGACUUGUCGCUAAAGGUUUCCACCAACAGUAUGGUAUUGACUAUGCUGAAACGUUCAGUCCAGUAAUCAAGACCACUACUAUUCGGACCAUUCUCGAUGUCGCGGUGGCUCGGUCGUGGCCCAUUAAACAGCUUGACGUUAACAACGCCUUUCUUCAAGGUGAGCUUGAAGAAGAGGUGUACAUGUCCCAACCACAGGGCUUCGUCGACAAAGAUCGCCCUGACUAUGUUUGUCGUCUCCGCAAACCGAUCUACGGAUUGAAACAGGCGCCGCGUGUGUGGUACAUGUCACUCAAACAACACCUACUCACCACAGGCUUCACUAACUCCCUCGCUGAUGCCUCCCUCUUCAUCAAACACUGUGGUAACACUCUCACAUAUGUUCUUGUAUACGUUGAUGAUAUUCUUGUCACGGGAAAUAAUCAACAGGACAUUCAACUGGUUCUUAAUGCCUUUGCUGAUCGCUUCUCCAUCAAAGACCCGUCGGAUCUCUUCUAUUUUCUUGGUAUUGAAGCCACACGGACAAAAGCAGGACUCCAUCUUAUGCAACACAAGUACAUUGUGGAUCUCCUCGCUAAACACAAUAUGCUUGAUGCCAAGCCUGUUGCAACUCCGCUCCCGGUCCAUCCCAAACUUACCAUUCACACAGGUACUCCACUUUCAGAUCCCUCACCGUAUCGCUCUGUUGUUGGGAGUCUACAAUACCUCGCCUUCACGAGGCCGGAUAUCUCCUACGCUGUCAAUCGCCUCUCCCAAUUCAUGCACAAGCCUACGACUGAGCACUGGCAAGCCGCUAAAUGUGUGCUCCGUUAUCUUGCCGGCACACCCACACAUGGUGUUUUUCUCUCUGCGUCGUCUCCACUCACUCUUCAUGCAUUCUCUGAUGCUGAUUGGGCAGGUGAUAGAGAUGAUUAUGUCUCUACUAAUGCCCAUGUUGUCUAUCUCAGCUCGAAUCCAAUCUCAUGGAGCUCAAAGAAACAAUGCGGUGUCGCACGCUCGUCUACGGAAGCAGAAUACCGUUCUGUUGCAAACACUGCCUCUGAGGUUCGUUGGCUUUGCUCCCUGCUGUCUGAAAUUGGUGUCACCCUUCCUACUGCUCCCGUGAUCUAUUGUGAUAACAUAGGCGCGACAUACUUGUGUGCCAACCCUGUGUUUCACUCCCGCAUGAAGCAUAUAGCGCUCGAUUACCACUUUCUGCGAAACCAAAUCCAAGCUGGCAUGCUCCGUGUCUCUCAUGUCUCGACCCACGAUCAACUUGCCGAUGCUCUCACUAAGCCGCUGCCUCGCCCUCAGUUCCAUCGUGCGUGUUCCAAGAUUGGUGUCAUCAAGGUGCCUCCAUCUUGA